CGUUCGAAGCACCAUAUAAAUCGCAUUUACUGCUACAACGUUUUUUUGUGCUCUUCCUGAGAGCGAUUCCGAGAGGACUUCCCCGCCGAAGUUACCGCAGCCGCGACUCUUUCUAAGCCGGCGCCUGAAAUGGAGAAUUCGAGAGCCACCAAGACGCAGGAAGAGCAGUGGAUGACACAGAGUCAAGUUUUCCGAAUUUACGAACUCGUCUUCCAGCUUCCUCCCCAUGCUCAGUCCGUCAACUUUGAAAUUCGACGCGAAAACCACAUUGGGUAUCUCAUGAAAAGUCUCCUUUACCUCGGCCCUAAUUUCUCGGCUUUGGAUGCUAAUCGACCUUGGCUCUGCUACUGGAUCAUACACUCAAUUGCUUUGUUGGGGGAUUGCCUUGAUGACAAGCUGGAGAGUAACGUAAUAGAUUUUCUUCAGAGCUGCCAGGUUGGGCAUACUCCUAUUCAUUUGUAAUACUGAAGCCUUCAUUUUUCAGAUUGUGAUUUGUUGCUCUACCAAAAUUUAGUUGUUUUUGAAGUAGAAUAAUACAGUAAUAUAUGUAUUAUACUUUUAGAACAUAUGGUUGUGAACUUGUGAUGUUCUUAGAGUUUGUUCUUUUUUUGAGUUCA